AUGGCUUUGAUGCUACUGCUGGCGGAGCUGGGGAGAGCGUUGGAUCUGAGGAUGGUGGCGCCAGACCAGACGGUGGAGGAGGCGGAAAGCGGGAUCGGAGAACACGCGCGGAGGCUGUUGGGGGUGAAGGUGCUGCUGGAGGUGUCGCCCGCGCCUGAGUCAUGGAAGGAGGUGCAGAGGGAGCUGCGGCAGAGUGCAGUGGCCCUAAAGCAGGAUGUGUACAUGCUUAUCCAGAGCAGACCCAACGCAGAGAGGCUGCGACUGCGCCGCCUGUACUCGGCGCUCUUCAACAGAGUUAGCAGCCUUGACUACGCCGCAAGGGAAGGGGACGAGGCCCGCCCCCACAUCAGCCCCCACAUAACUCUCUCCCCACCCACCAGAAACCAGUUGUUUAAGAAGGAAGCUUCUAGUCGAUUGAGAAGCAAGAAGAAGCCCUCACUUGAUCAAACUUUGGUGCCCUAA